UCUCCCCCCGGCACUGGGAGCGCACCUAAGGGGAAAGCGCCCGGGCAGCGCGGAGCUUGGCCGUGGUGCAGUAGCGCGCCCGGCCCCGAGCCUCUCCCCGCGGCGGCAGAAGCAGCGCGCCCGCCGGCCCGCCACGCCGGCGCACCUGCUGCCGGCCCCGGCCAUGUACAGCAUGCUGGAGGGCGAGCUCAAGAGCCCCCCGCCCGCCCCAGGCGGCCCCGCGGCAGCGGGGGCAGCGGGGAAAGCUGGCGGCGGGGGAGCGGGCGGCGGGGCAGACCAGGACCGGGUGAAGCGGCCCAUGAACGCCUUCAUGGUGUGGUCGCGGGGCCAGCGGCGGAAGAUGGCCCAGGAGAACCCCAAGAUGCACAACUCGGAGAUCAGCAAGCGCCUCGGGGCGGACUGGAAGCUGCUGAGCGACGCGGAGAAGCGGCCUUUCAUCGACGAGGCCAAGCGGCUGCGGGCCGUGCACAUGAAGGAGUAUCCGGAUUACAAAUACCGGCCCCGCCGGAAGACCAAGACCCUGCUGAAGAAGGACAAAUACUCGCUGCCCGGCAACCUGCUGGCCCCCGGCGCGGCCAGCGCCGUCAGCAGCCCCGUGGGGGUGGGCCAGCGCCUGGACACCUACGCGCACAUGAACGGCUGGAGCAACGGGGCGUACUCGCUGAUGCCCGAGCAGCUGGGCUACGGGCAGCACCCGGCCAUGAACAGCCCGCCGCUGCCGCAGAUGCACCGCUACGACAUGGGCGGCCUGCAGUACAGCCCCAUGAUGUCCACGGCGCAGACCUACAUGACCGCGGCCUCCACCUACAGCGUGUCCCCCGCCGCCUACGGCCAGCAGCCCAGCUCGGCCAUGGGCCUGGGCUCCAUGGGCUCGGUGGUGAAAUCCGAGCCCAGCUCGCCGCCGCCGUCCAUCGCCUCCCACUCCCAGCGGGCCUGCCUGGGGGACCUGCGGGAUAUGAUCAGCAUGUACCUCCCGCCCGGCGGGGACAGCACAGACCCGGCCGCCUUGCAGGGCAGCCGAUUGCACAGCGUGCACCAGCACUACCAGAGUGCCGGCACGGGGGUAAAUGGCACGGUACCGCUGACUCACAUCUGAGCCCCGCUUCCCGGCCCCCGGGCCGCGUGGCUCGCGGGAGCAGACUCGGACUGGGGGCUACUAACCCCGGGGGACUCUUUGCGCAGAAGCGCGGUCGGUGUCUCGUGUGUUGGGGUACGGACGCCCAGGGCUGUGCGGACUCUUUCCUCUACCCGAGCCCAACAAGCGGCUAGGAGCGGCCGCAGCAACUUUUUCCUGGUUUCUGAUAGGUUGGCGCGCUCUCUAUUUUAUUCUUUUAAAAAUAAUUACAGAAGCCGUUUUAAAAGUCUUGUACAUGAGUGUAGAGGUGGAAUGGAAACGUGGCGGGCUUUCUUCAAGCUCAGAUGUUUACAUUAUUUUUUUUUUUUGUUGGUCGCUUUUUUUAAAUAACUUUGCCCCUCCCUCCCCGUAUCCUGCUUGAGGGUUUUAUCCAAAUCUGUGUAGCUUUCACGACCUCUCUUUUUUUCAAAAGGGAGGAGGGGGGAGGAAAAAGCUGUGCGGGUCGCAAACGCAAGUCUGGUUUUUUGUGUUUUUUUUUAACUUAUAGUAAGUUGUGUGUUUGGGGUUGUUGUUUUUUUCCCUUAAACUUGUAAACUUCUGUAAACCGGUUUGUGACUUUUGACUGUGAUACGUUUUGACAUAUCAGCCCGCGAACCAAACGUUUUAGUUUUUUCUCUCUCCGGUUUCUUAAAGACUUUGCAACACUCCUUUCUCCCCUAAUCUUCCCCCCUCCCCUCAAAGAAAAAAAGGUCAAUAAAUUUUAUAACGGGCA